UUCAAGCAGAUGCUCCUACCAAUAAAACACUGGCUGGGCUGGUGGUGCAGCUGCUGCAAUUCCAGGAAGAUGCCUUUGGAAAACACGUCACCAAUCCUGCCUUCACAAAGCUUCCUGCAAAGUGCUUCAUGGAUUUCAAAGCUGGAGGUACAUUAUGUCACAUUCUUGGUGCUGCUUACAAAUAUAAGAAUGAACAGGGCUGGCGGAGGUUUGACCUGCAGAAUCCAUCCCGAAUGGACCGAAAUGUGGAGAUGUUCAUGAACAUUGAGAAAACACUAGUGCAGAACAAUUGUCUGAGCAGACCGACCAUCUACCUCAUUCCAGAUAUAGAAUUGAAGUUGGCUAAUAAAUUGAAGGAUAUUGUCAAACGUCACCAGGGAACAGUAACUGAAGAGAAAUCAAAGGCUACCCACCAUGUUUAUCCAAGUCCUACCUCAAUGGAUGACGAUGAAUGGUUGAGACCUGUGAUGAAAAAAGACAAGCAGGUGCUGGUACACUGGGGCUUUUUUCCAGACAGCUAUGACACUUGGGUUCAUGCCAAUGAAAUAGAUGCUGAAAUUGAGGAUCCUCCAAUUCCUGAAAAGCCAUGGAAGGUUCACGCCAAGUGGAUUUUGGACACAGAUGUAUUCAAUGAAUGGAUGAAUGAAGAGGAUUAUGAGGUAGAUGAGAACAGGAAAUCAGUGAGUUUUCGACAGAGAAUCUCCAUGAAAAAUGAAGAGCCCGUACGUAGUCCGGAGAGGAGAGACAGGAAAGCAGCAGCAAGUACAAGGAAGCGAAAGCAUUCUCCUUCUCCACCCCCCACUCCUGUGGAGUCGAGAAAAAAGACAGGGAAAAAAGGACAAGCAGCCUUAUACGGGAAAAGGAGAGGGCAGAAAGAAGAAGACGAGCAAGAAGAUCUUACAAAGGACAUGGAGGAUCCCACACCAGUACCUAAUAUAGAAGAAGUGGUACUUCCCAAAAAUGUGAACCCAAAGAAAGACAGCGAAAACACGCCUGUGAAAGGAGGAACGGUGGCAGACCUCGAUGAGCAGGAUGAGGAGACAGUGGCAACUGGAGGAAAGGAAGAUGAAGAUCCCAACAAAGGCGAUCAAAGCCGUUCGAUUGAUCCAGGUGAAGAUAACGUCACAGAACAAACCAACCACAUCAUUAUUCCAAGCUAUGCAUCUUGGUUCGACUACAACUGUAUCCAUGUGAUCGAACGUCGUGCUCUUCCGGAAUUCUUCAAUGGAAAAAACAAGUCCAAGACUCCAGAAAUAUACCUGGCGUACCGCAACUUCAUGAUUGACACCUAUCGCUUAAACCCUCAAGAGUACUUGACCAGCACUGCCUGCCGAAGGAAUCUGACUGGAGACGUGUGUGCUGUCAUGAGAGUACAUGCUUUUCUGGAGCAGUGGGGUCUCAUUAACUACCAAGUGGAUCCAGAAAGCCGUCCCAUGGCCAUGGGACCUCCGCCUACUCCUCACUUCAAUGUGCUGGCUGACACACCCUCUGGACUUAUGCCUCUCCACAUCCGCACUCCGCAGGUUCCAGCUGCUCAGCAGAUGUUGAGUUUUCCUGAGAAAAACAAAGAGAAGCCUACUGAUCUGCAGAACUUUGGGCUUCGCACAGACAUUUACUCAAAAAAGACUUUGGCAAAGAGUAAAGGUGCAAGUGCUGGAAGAGAAUGGACAGAACAAGAGACACUGCUGCUAUUAGAAGCUCUGGAGAUGUACAAAGACGACUGGAACAAAGUCUCCGAGCACGUUGGGAGCCGUACCCAAGACGAGUGCAUUCUCCAUUUUCUGAGACUUCCUAUCGAAGACCCCUAUUUGGAGAACUCCGAUGCGUCUCUGGGCCCGCUGGCCUACCAGCCCGUACCUUUCAGCCAGUCUGGCAAUCCCGUGAUGAGCACCGUUGCUUUUCUGGCGUCGGUGGUGGAUCCCCGGGUGGCAUCAGCCGCAGCAAAGGCUGCGUUAGAGGAGUUUUCUCGAGUCAGAGAGGAGGUACCACUGGAGCUCGUUGAAGCUCAUGUAAAGAAAGUGCAGGAAGCAGCAAGAGCCUCUGGGAAGGUGGAUCCAACGUACGGGCUGGAGAGCAGCUGCAUUGCCGGAACGGGGCCAGAUGAGCCGGAGAAAAUCGGUAGGCUGUCCAGCAAAAUGCAGAAAUCUCUGCAGAUAAGGUUUCUUAAGCAUUUUCUUCUGAAUCAUAAUAACCCUUAAG